UUUUCUCUGAAGGCAUUUGACUGAUACAUAAGUUACAGCUAAAUAUGCUGGUACUGGCAAAAUCUAAGGAAAUGGUUUUAGAUCCUGUAUAUUUUGAUGAAAAUUGGCUAAACAGAAUCAAAUCCGAAGUGGGAGAUAAUUGGAGGCUAAAGAUAAGCAAUCUAAAGAAAAUUUUAAAAGGAAUCCUGGAUUAUAAUCAUGAGAUUUUAGGGCAGCAAAUUAAUGACUUUACCCUCCCUGAUGUGAACCUUAUUGGGGAGCAUUCUGAUGCUGCAGAGCUCGGAAGGAUGCUUCAGCUCAUUUUAGGCUGUGCUGUGAAUUGUGAACAGAAGCAAGAGUACAUCCAGGCCAUUAUGAUGAUGGAAGAAUCUGUUCAACAUGUUGUCAUGACAGCCAUUCAAGAGCUGAUGAGUAAAGAAUCUCCUGUCUCUGCUGGAAAUGAUGCCUAUGUUGACCUUGAUCGCCAGUUGAAGAAAACUACAGAGGAACUAAAUGAAGCUUUGUCAGCCAAGGAAGAAAUUGCUCAAAGAUGCCAUGAGUUAGAUAUGCAGGUUGCAGCAUUGCAAGAGGAGAAGAGCAGCCUGUUGGCAGAGAAUCAGGUGUUAAUGGAAAGACUUAAUCAAUCUGACUCUAUAGAAGAUCCUAACAGUCCAGCAGGAAGAAGGCAUCUGCAGCUCCAAACUCAAUUAGAACAGCUCCAAGAAGAAACAUUCAGACUAGAAGCAGCCAAAGAUGAUUAUCGAAUACGCUGUGAAGAGUUAGAAAAGGAAAUCUCUGAACUUCGGCAACAGAAUGAUGAACUAACCACUUUGGCAGAUGAUGCUCAGUCUCUAAAAGAUGAAAUAGAUGUUCUUAGACAUUCUUCUGAUAAAGUGUCUAAACUAGAGGGCCAAGUGGAAUCAUAUAAAAAGAAGCUAGAAGACCUUGGUGAUUUGAGACGGCAGGUUAAACUCUUAGAAGAGAAGAAUACUAUGUAUAUGCAGAACACUGUCAGUCUAGAGGAAGAGUUAAGAAAAGCCAAUGCGGCUCGAAGUCAACUUGAGACAUAUAAGAGACAGGUAGUAGAACUGCAGAAUAGAUUAUCGGAAGAAUCGAAGAAAGCAGAUAAAUUAGAUUUUGAAUAUAAGCGGCUAAAAGAAAAAGUUGAUAGUCUUCAAAAAGAAAAGGAUAGGUUAAGAACAGAAAGGGAUUCUCUGAAGGAAACCAUUGAAGAACUUCGUUGUGUACAGGCUCAAGAAGGGCAGCUCACAACUCAAGGAUUAAUGCCUCUGGGAAGUCAGGAGUCUUCAGAUAGUCUGGCAGCAGAGAUUGUUACACCUGAAAUCAGGGAGAAACUUAUUCGUCUUCAGCAUGAAAAUAAGAUAUUAAAACUUAAUCAAGAGGGUUCAGACAAUGAAAAAAUUGCCUUAUUGCAAAGCCUUCUGGAUGAUGCAAAUCUUCGGAAGAAUGAACUGGAGACAGAGAAUAGGUUGGUGAAUCAAAGACUUCUGGAAGUACAGUCACAGGUUGAAGAAUUGCAAAAGUCUUUACAGGAUCAAGGAUCAAAAGCAGAGGAUGCUAUUUCAGUUCUUCUAAAAAAGAAACUUGAAGAACAUCUAGAGAAACUACAUGAAGCCAAUAAUGAAUUGCAGAAGAAGAGAGCCAUUAUUGAAGAUCUCGAACCAAGAUUUAACAACAGCUCCUUAAAAAUUGAAGAGUUACAGGAAGCUUUAAGGAAGAAAGAAGAGGAAAUGAAGCAAAUGGAAGAACGAUAUAAGAAAUAUUUAGAGAAAGCUAAAAGUGUUAUCCGCACUUUAGAUCCUAAACAAAAUCAAGGAGCAGCACCAGAAAUUCAAGCUCUUAAAAAUCAGCUUCAAGAACGGGAUCGAAUGUUCCAUUCAUUAGAGAAAGAAUAUGAGAAAACAAAGAGUCAAAGAGAGAUGGAAGAAAAAUAUAUUGUUAGUGCCUGGUACAAUAUGGGAAUGACUCUGCAUAAAAAGGCGGCGGAAGAUAGACUUGCUAGUACAGGUUCAGGGCAGUCAUUUCUGGCUAGGCAACGACAAGCAACCAGCACAAGAAGAUCUUACCCAGGCCAUGUUCAACCAGCCACAGCAAGGUAGACAAGUCUUGCCAGUAGAAUAAAAACAUCCUGCAUUCAAAACAUACUUCUGUUACACAUAACACCAUUUCAGGAAAUUCAGCCAGCUUAUUUUUUGUCUCUAUGUUAUGUUAAUAUUUAGUUGUUUCUCAUUUGAGGACUGUCUCUCCGUAUCUAUGAUGUUUUAGUUUCUUGGUCCUUUAUUUUGUAGUCUUUUCAGUUCCUUUUCAUGUGCCAAAAAUUUUUUAAAUGCCCAAUUAAAAGUGUUGGAUAAUAGUAUAGUACUUUUCUUUGUAUGAAAAUGUCCUUUCCCCAAUGGUGUAUGUAGGCUUUGUAAUGAAUUAGAUUUUCUGCCAAUAAUUGAUAUACAAGAAUUAUAUUCUUUAUUGUGCCUCUGUGUUACCAUGCUUUAUAAGAAUGUCUUUGUUUAAAGGGAAUUAAUCUUUUUAUGAUGUAUUAAUCUGUGUUUUCAAUUGUUUUCCAAAUGCACUUCAAAUAACUUGCAUAUUUACUAUAUAAAAUGAAUGGUUGGCAAAUGCACUUUUUGCAAAGACAUAAAUAUAUUGGCAGAGGUGCUAAUUAGAUCUUACCUAUGGCACCUGGUAGAGUUAUUUAGAGGGAAAAAUUAGUUUUCACGUUGUUUUAUAGGAAAUUAAAUUUGUUUGAAGAUUUGGAAACUAUUUUUAAAACAUAAAUACAUAGAAUUUUAUUAUUUCUUGCUAUCUUGCCGGCAGAAGUGAAUGCAUUGGUUAGGUUAUUAGGGGGGAAGUUACAGAAGAGAAAAAAGUCAGGCAGUGCAUUAAUUGUUUCUUAUUUUGGAAUAUCACAGUAACUGAGGAUCAGAAUCUGGUAGUGUGGCUGAUAUUAAUAGUUUCAAUUGCCCUCUAUAUCUUAUACCUAUUUUUCAUAUAUUUACAAGUAAUAGAUAGCAUUACCCUUUGGGGAACUUCUUGACUUGCAUCUCUUGUUUUAUUUAUUCAUUAAUAUAAACACUUCUAUUCCUCAAUAAUUCCUAAUACUUAACAUCUUAAUAUCAGUCAUUAAGAUCAGCAAAGGACUUCUUAUACGUGCUGUUGUGACAAGUCUCUUUUACAUUUUUUUCCUAAUUCUAUGUAUUAGUCCAAGAAUUUGCUACUGAACAGAUUCUCUUGGGUAUUUGGUUGCAUCAAAGUGUUUAGAUUCAUUGAUAGCUUGAUUGUAAACCAUGUUUAUUUACAUUGAUGAAUGGUUGUCAAGUAAUAAUGAUUGUAAAGCACUUUGAGUAUAUAAGGUGCUACAUAAAUGUAAAAUAUCAUUUAUUUGAAAAUGAAAUGCCUCUGCCUGCCUUUACGUAUUAAUUCAAGCAUUUGGUCCCCAAUUAUAUUUAAGUUCUCCUCCAGCCUUUUUCUUACACCAUAACCCAUUUUAUUAAAAGCAAAAUAAUUACUGAAAUUAGGUCAAUUUUUUAAUUUGUUUGUUUUUGUUUUUAGAUAGGUCACCAAGUAAGAGGAUUUUAUUUCAUGUACAUGCUGUUGUGGAAGUUCAGGUUUCAUUUAUUUCUGUAUAUUAAUACAAAUUAGUAAUUUUAAAUCAAUCCAAAUGUAAUUCAGAAUUUUCAUAAAUUGUAGUCAAAUGUUUGGUUUUAAAUUCCUACUUCCAUUUUUAUAAGAAAAUCGACCUAAAAAUUAGUGGUGUUUUCAUUUGUCCUCAGAAAUCGUACUUGAAGAAAGUAUUAGAAUAUACACAGAAAUGACUUUAUGCAUUGUGCUGAUUCUUACAUUAAGUACAGAAAUCUAAGCGCAGUGUGAAUGCUUCUGCCUAAUAUGACCAUAAAGCAGCAAGAAUUAGUGAUAAUGGACAGAACCACCUGAGUAGAGUGCAUUGUGAGAUUUCAGGAGGCUAAGCCAAACUGAUCAACAUAAAAAGUUUUGACAAUAAAAGAUCAAAAACUAUUUAGGAUGGUUCUUACCCCCAACCCCUGAUUUUACAAAUCACAUAAGGAUUCACCUGUUUUAAAACAGAGUGUGAAACUAAUCUUGGUUAAAUUAAAAUAAUUGGGAAAUUAUACCUGUAGAAUAAGAUAGAUGGACAUAAAGAGUCUAUGAACUAUUUAUUUAAAGGAUUAUAUCCUAUAAGAUACGAAGUUUUUAUUUUACUUCUCUAUUUACUGCCCCAGCCCUGGUCUCUGACCCACCCACCUACUCAGAUAUAGUUCUCUAAAUGGGUUAGAAAGGUGCCAAGCUUUUAGAAGGAAGUUUUACUUCUUAUUUUUCUUCGGCAUCUGUUGUUUUAUGCUAUUAUUUUGGUGUUUUACAGUGAUAACUUUCACUCUCCUUUACUGUACCCUUAAAGUUUAGUAUAUUACUUUCAAGUAUAUAGAAGAAAUUAUAUUUCUAAACAUUGUUUGAUUUUUUUUUUUUAAAGCAGGAGUAACACUUAGCUAUAACAGUGACAACUCUGUCCAGCUUUGGACAUGAUUUAUGAAAUUGCUCUCUCUCCUGUAAUGCUUAGUAAUUUCUCAGGAGGUUUGUGAUGAUGCAUGGUCUCUCUGGAAGGUGGAAGACAUUGGGUGCUUUAUUUAGAUGUGAGCUGUGCUGUAUUUUCACAAACCCCUUAGACACAGUAGCCACAGUUCACUUGGACAGUGGAGCUAGUCCUGUCCUCACCAAUGGACGAAGUACAGUGUUAUUGCAUUAGGUUGAGGUGAUCCAUCAGCCUACUCUAGUGUCUGAAUUCUUAUAAUCAAAAAGCUUAUUUGCUGUUUUCCUUCUAGCCAUGGUAGGAAAAUAUAAGGUAAAUAACUAAGGAAUAUUAAAGCAUAAAAUUUAUGUUCUGCAGUGUCUAUUUAAGAAGUUCAUUAUGAAAAAAAAAUGCAGCAAAUAUUGUAGUUUACCACAUCUAAAAAGAGAAUAAACAGUACAGUUGUACUUAAAAGAACUUCCCAAAAUUUCAGUUAUAUCUUUUUAUAAUUUGUCUAAUUACUUGUUAAUAGUCAAGAAAAAGAAGUCCCUAAAUAAAGGACCCAUGUUCCAAAAUUGAUCAAGAUUGAAUUAUUUCUAUUAGAUAGCACUAGCCUGGUUCAAAAAAAA